AUGCUAAUUGUUGUAGAUAAUAACACCAAAAGUCAUCUUGUUGCUCAAUGUUUGUUAGAAGACGAAACAGUUGAAAGCUAUGAAUGGUUCCUUGACUGUGUUCUUCAUGCAACUAAUCAUAUUCUACCUACUUGUUUAUUUUCAGAUUCUGAUCCUGCUUUAAUAAAGACAGUGGCAUCGAAGAUGCCUAAUACUCACCACUUUUUUU